GAGAGUGUUGGUGCUGUUUUCAUAGAAACUCUGUGUCAUUUCUAAAGAUAAAGGUGAUCAAGAAUAAGACACACAAUGUUCAAAACAAAAGAAAAAAAAACUUAAGAAUCAAAGAAACAGAAACCAACAAACAAUUGCACUGGUACUGCAAGAGACUUGAGAGAGAAAGAUAUGUAUAGAUUCAGUACCACAGUGAUAGGUUUACUGAACUUAUUAACUCUACUAGCAUCAAUACCCGUAAUGGGUGCAGGUUUAUGGAUGGCAAGAGGUACUAGUACAGCUUGUCAAGAAUUCUUGAGAACACCACUUCUUUUCAUUGGUUUUAUAGUUCUCUUAGUUUCUCUUGCCGGUUUUAUUGGAGCUUGUUUUAGGAUAGUUAUGGCAAUGUGGAUAUAUCUAGUAGUGGUGUUUAUCUUGAUGGUUACUAUUUUGUCAUUUAUAGUAUUUGGGUUCACAGUAACUAGCAAAAGUGGAGGAGGAUUUGAAGUACCUGGUAGAGUAUACAAGGAGUAUAGGCUUGACCAUUACGCUCCAUGGAUGCGCAAUCGUGUGAUGAACCCUCGCGAUUGGGAAACCAUCAGGAGCUGCAUUUUGAGUUCAAAAUCUUGCUCAAAAGUUACUUCUUGGACACCUCUUGAUUAUCUCCAACGAGAUCUGUCUCCCAUACAGUCUGGCUGUUGCAAGCCACCAAGUUCAUGCAAUUACGCAAUGGCUACAACAUCAGGUCAGGACCAGGACUGCUUCAGGUGGAACAACGCUCAACCACUCCUAUGCUAUGAAUGUGAUUCGUGCAAGGCAGGGCUGUUAGAGGAAGUGAAGAGAAGCUGGAACAAAAUUGUUGUCCUUAACAUCGUUGUGCUUCUCUUUCUUAUAGCCCUUUUUUCAGCCGCAUGGUGUGCUUACCAGAAUGUUCAGAGAACAGAGACCGAUCACCCCUAUGGCGAGAAUCGUAUUACAAAAGCCCGUCCCAGAUGGGACUACUACUGGUGGAGAUGGUGGAACGAAAGAAAAGAACAGAUUUAUUAGCUAGCUGGAGGCUGGAGCUGUCUGUACACCUCUCUUUAGUCUAGGACAUGGGCUCAUUCUGCAAUGAUGAUGAGGAUUUGGAGAGCAAUUUCCGACGUGUAUAAUCAGGGGUAUUUUUGAUUAAAAUAAUCUUUGUAAGCAAUUGGGCACUUCACUUUAGAGCUCAAGUAUGAGCCUGUUUAUCUAAAUUCAGAAUUUUCUGAAGCUUACUCACUUCUAAUUAAAAUCCUGCUUUCUGUGAUUUUGUCGAAAAAUUCAAAACUAGGAGCGAGCACAACCUCAAAUUAAAAGAAAGCAUGUAGAUGAUAGAACCUGUUUUGUUUGUGUAAUAACUGCAUCUUUCAUCUGUUGUUUCUGGGAGUUCCUGAGAAGUAUUUCA